UUAGAGCAAUAAUGUUGUUAAUUCUCGUUAUAAUUUCCUUAUUAGUGGCAUUCAUAUAUGUAAAAUAUAAUAGUAAUUAUUGGAAGAAACGUGGAGUUGUUCAAGUUGAUGGGUUGUUAUCUAAAUUUAUUUGGAGUAAUCGAUCGAUAUCAGAAAUCUACAAGGAUUUAUGCAAUGAAUACGUAAAAGAUUCUUAUAUUGGAGUAUUUUUCGGAACAAAACCCGCACUCAUAAUUAAAGAUGUGCGCGACAUUCAAUACGUUAUGCAGGGGAAUUUCGAAAGUUUCUACAGUCGUGGUAUUAUAAGCAAUCCUAAUGAUAUUUUAGCAGAUAACGUUUUAUUUAUGAGUGAUUAUCGUCGCUGGAAACUGUUGCGGCACAAACUUUCGCCUAUAUUUACGAGUCUGAAGAUAAAAAACAUGUUUUACAUUAUGGAAAGAUGUGCUCGAGAUUUUGUUAAAUUUGUUGACAGUGACGAGUAUGUACCCGAUAACACUUUUAAUGCGUUGUAUACUUACACAACAGCUUGUAUUGGAGCUACAUUAUUUGGUAUCGACACUCAAACUAAGAAUACUAUGGAAUCCCCAUUCUUAGAAAUGACACGCGAAUCAAUUGAACCAUCUUUGGUCGGCAAUUUGAAGUUCACCCUUGCAAGCAUAUCACCGACUUUGUUUAAUUUGUUCAACUUAAAACAGUUUGGUAAAUACGAAGAUUUUUUCAUAGGCACUGUAAAGAGAGUAUUUGAAAGACGGAGAAAUGAUAAACAAAAAAGACAUGAUUUCGUUGACAUGUGUUUGGAAUUGCAAAAACAAGGAACAAUGAGAGAUCCCGUAACUGGUUACGAAAUAGAAGCAACGGAUGAAGUUCUAGCAGCACAAGCUUUCUUUUUCUUUUUAGCUGGUGUUGAUACAUCAGCUACAGUUAUGCAUUUUGCUUUACUUGAAUUGGCAAGUAACAAGGACAUAAUAAAUAAAGUUCAUGAAGAAAUUGACAGAGUUUUUAACGAAUGUGAUGAAAAAUUGACCUAUGAUGAUAUUGAUAAAUUAGAAUAUUUGGACAUGGUCAUGAGUGAAACAAUGAGAAAAUAUCCUCCAAUCGGUGCUAUUCAAAGGAGUUGUGCAAAGUCUACAGUUUUACCUACGGGGCAAGUAAAAGUUAUAAAAGACGAUAUUAUUGUAAUACCAAUUUUUGCGGUGCAUAGAGAUGAAAAGCUGUACCCUAAUCCAGAAGUAUUCGAUCCAGAACGUUUUUCAUCGGAAAAUAUAUCAAAAAUUAUUAAAUUUAGUUAUUUACCAUUUGGUGAAGGAAACCGUAUGUGCUUAGGAACAAGAUUUGCACGUGUACAAGUCAAGUCGGGCUUGGCGUGGCUACUUCGUAAAUACACACUGAAGGAGGAGAAAUAUGAACCAAGAUCGUUCGCACCCAGUUUUUUCAGUCUAAGGGAUAGUAGAGUUAAUUUCAAAUUAAUUUCUAGAAAUUAAUUUUUUUUUUGACUAAUAACCGCGAACUGUUUUUUGAAUCUCGAGUUGUUUUUUAGUUUAGGGACUCGUUAGAGAAGCAAUAGCGUCAGCAUUUUUGGUAUAAAAAACGGUUUUUCGAACGGCGUAUCCUUCAGGAAUUUUAUAUUUAUGUUUAGAUAAAGUAUUAUUCCUAUUCUACUUAUGUUUUUAUAUUUAUACAUAAAUAUAAAUAAUUUUUAUCAAUUUACUUAUUAUGUUACGUUAAAUAUACAUUCAAAUAUAAUAUUUACAUUAUAUUUAGUUAAUUGAUGUAAUAAUUAUUUUAUGUUCCUCUUAAAUAUUUUGAUGGUAUCAUGUAUAAUUGAAGAUUUUGUUUUUUUAACCAAAGAAAAACCAAAAAAAAAAUUAUAAUGUCGAUAAUGUCACGAAGAACUACUCACGAUUCCUUAGAUGUUCCAAAUUGUAUAUGUGUGCGUUGAAUGACUAAUCAACAGGACAUUGCCCCACCAAUUUUAUGUAUGUAAAAUAAAAAUAAAAAAAUAUAUAUUGAUACUUUUUUAAAAGUGUGCGAGAAAAGUUUUUAAAUGUGUGUCAUUCUUGUACAUUUGAUUUUUUAGGCGGAAAAAGCUACAUCUAGAUUAACAGAUACGCAGUGAUGGCAAACUUAAAAUUCCAUAUUUCGUUACAUUGCGUUUUGUUCUCUUCCAUUCCGAUCCAUUCUAUUACAUUGCAUUUUUUUCUAUUCAAUCAACAAGUUAAAUUAUAUUUUUACACGCAUAGAUCAUCGUUAAACAUUAUCUAGUAUAGUCCGAUCUAUUGGGACAGAUUUAUUUUCAAUUUAACAUUUUCCUGUAAGGUUGCCAUCAUUUACGUACAAGAACGAAUGGCUAAGGGACACUAAAAACCUCGAAGGGACUGGAGGAAAUGGUUUUUUUUUCUGUUAAAUAAAAAUUUAUUCGAAAUCAA